AUGGCAGAUCGAGAUCGCGUAAAAGUUAGCAAGAGCUCAAUUCCAUCAAAAAAAGUCAGAAUAAUUGGGAAAAUCAGGGGUUUCACAGACCAGGAAUCUCAAUCUCUGACGCAAGAUUCGAAAAAAUGGAUCACCGUUGAGAAAUCGCAAGAAAACAAUUCUAGUAAAGUUAUGGUUUCUUUUGAAUCUAAAUCAACCAGUCGCAAGGAUCCCUACGAACUGGAUUAUUGCUAUGAGCAAGAUGAAGACAUUGGCCUGAUAUAUUCGAGAGAAAUACAACCCAUGGUUCUAGAGGUCUUGGAUGGUCGAAAUGCAUCUGUCAUUGCUCUUGGGGCAAGAGGAAGUGGGAAAACUUGCACUAUCCAGGGCUCUCGAGAAAAACCAGGUCUAGCAGUAAUGGCAAUGUCUGAAAUUCUUUCAGAAGCAAUGAAUUCUGGGAAGUCAGUCUGUGUCUCUCUCUAUGAGGUGAUACAAGAACAUGCUUAUGAUCUUUUGGAUCCUAAACAUCCCCAAGUUAAAAUACUGGAAGGUGCUCAGGGCAAAACCCAUCUUAAAGGACUUUCUCAGGUCGAUGUGAAAUCUAUUCAAGAAUUCCACAAUAUAUACUUUAGUCGGGUUAGUUCUCAAAAGUCCUCACAAAAGAUACCAACAGAGAAAAUGCGGUGCCACAAGGGCUUGAUGAUACAUGUAUCACCUGAAGAUGACAAUCUGAAAACCAAGUUAACAAGCAAGAUGAAUUUUGUUGAUUUAGCAGGCUAUGAAGAUCCAAGAAGAAAUAUUAAAGAUGGAACCAUAUUUACUGAGAGUAAUAGGACUAAUAAGUCACUUUAUACCUUAUUGAACGUUGUCCAUGCCCUUAAUGUCAACGAGAAACGUGUGCCAUAUCGAGAAAGCGAACUAACUCGAAUAUUACAAGACUCCCUGAGUGGCACAAGUCAUGUAUUGAUCCUUACAUGCUUGAACCCUUCCUUUUGCCAAGACUCUGUUCGCUCAAUAAGUUUAGUUUCUAUGUCACGCCGAAACACCAAGCAAGUGUUGAUAAACUCCACAAACAAAACUCGAAGUUCAACUAAAGUGAAGAUGCCUUCUUCAAUAAAAAGUGGGAAGAUACCAUCUACUUCCUUGACCAUGAAAAAACAGAUUGCCUCGAGUAUUCUCUCAUCAAAAAAGGAGAACAGUAGCAUCUUGAGAGGAAGGAAACUCUUUGACGAAGAAAAAUCAAACAAUUCUAAGCAGUUGAAAUCCCCACCUGAAGAUACUUCAGCCAGGAAAUCUAAUCUUCCCCAAGUUGUUGCUUCAGAUGUUACACCCUUUUCCUUGGAACAGCUGCAAACACAGGAUAAAUCUAUUUCAGAUGUUAAUUUUGCUGUGGAGCCAAUAGAAAACGACACUCCAAUGCCAAUUUCCCCAAAUGAUAUGGCUAUUGUUCUUGCUGAAAAGGAUGUUUCACCACAUGGCAGGAGUGAUAAUCUAGAUGCUGCUCCAGGUCGCUUGGGAGAGGUAAAUGUACCUUUGAAGAAGAAUGAAGAUGGAGCCCCCUCACUAACCGAAAGAUUAAGAGAAAUAUCAAACAAUCUAAAGUCAUUAUCUUCAUCAACUCCAUCCAGGGUUAAGUUUUUAGAAAAUGUAGUUACACCUUAUAGCAGUCAUAUAGACCCAAAAACCCCAGUCAUGCAACGUGCUGUUGAGAUACACCAUAGUCCUCGGGGUGCUUUCUGCAAUCACAGCUCGGGAGUGAAGCAUUCUCUUGUGCAAGAGUACCUUAAAUUUUUGAAUUCUGCUAACAAGGAAGAGCUGAAAGGCCUGAAGGGCAUUGGAGAGAAAAGAGCUACCUACAUUCUUGAAUGUCGUGAAGAAACUCCUGAACCAUUCAAGCAACUCGAUGAUUUGCAAGAUAUUGGCCUCUCAGCAAAACAGAUUAAAGGAAUGAUGAAACAGGUCGCAGGAGAGCUUUUCAAUUAG